GCAGACCAUGCCAUCUUUUCGUAUCAUCGCUCUGGUUGCUGCAAUGGGCUUCGGCCUCAGCGCCGCCUCCACGACGUCUUCGUCCUGCUCAGGCGAGCAGCAGCAGCAGGUGCAAGCUCAAAUCGCCGCGAUUCGCGCGUCUCUCGAGUCUGACGCCGCCUCCAGCAGCGAGGCCCCGAGCGUGCCGCUCUCGUGCAAGGCGGCGCUGACGUACGACCUGUCCGCGGCCAGCGAGGACGACGCCGAGCAGUGCGCCAGCGACUGCAUGGCGUGGAUCGAAGAAGUCGUGGACGCCCCGGUCUGUGAGGACGAAGAGAUGCUCACGUACCAGCGACGCAUGGCCGCGUACCUGGCCCAGUGCAAGGAGCGCAGGCAAGUGCGACUGCAGGAGACGACGGACCGCAUCGAGCACUCGAGCAGGCUGCGAGGUCUGGCGGCUGGACUCUCGGAGACAAGACAGCUCGGCGUCAAAGGCCUGAUGGACGCGCUGCUGGUUGUCACGCUGAACAACGCUCUUUAA